UGGCGGAAGUGUGUUGUGUAUGACGUGAAGAACAUAAUCCACAAAUUAAAAUUGGAAAAAAUUAAAAUAUUUAUACAAAAAUGUUAUAAAUUUUUCAAUAAAAAUAUUUAAUGCUAAUAAAUAUUAAUAACAUAAUAUUAAAUUCCAUGUGUAUUUUGUGUAUUAUUCAUUAUAUUCGAAAAAUGCGCUGAAUUGAAAAAAAUAUAUUUGAGAAGAGAAAAAAAAAAAAACAAAAUUUGUGUGACUCGUCGUCAUUUUUCAGAUUUAAUUUUUUUUUUUGACAUCUCUUUCAAGCUAGAGCAAGACGACGAAGAGUGUGCGUUGCGUGCGUGUGAAAAAGAAAAAAUCCUUUCAAUUUUUCUAUCGCUCGCUCCUUUUUUUUUGUGAGUGGAAUUUUAUGAAAAAAAAUUAAUGAAAAUUAAAUAAAAAUUUUCAAUUUAUUAAAAAUUAAAUUGUGUAAAAUUUUCUGCCCGCUUGCCCGGCAAUAAAAGCAAUGAAGUGAAUCCAAAAUAAAUUACGUCUCCCCGUUUUCACAAAAUCGGAAGGAAAAAAUAAAAAAAAAAAACAGGGAAAUAAAAAGAAAAAAAAUACAUCCCAAAUUCAAAAGAGGAAGUGUUUGGAAAAUGUCAGGAGGCGGAAGGGAAUCCUCAUCAUCCAACGGAUCGGCAGGUUCCUCCUCGAGCAGCAGCAGCAGUUCAAAUGGCAGCAGUUCCAAUAAUGGAAUGGCAACGCCUCCGGUCAAUGGCCACCGGUCGCGUGGCCGACCGGCAAAGAAGCCCGCCACCUGUACUUGGUGCGGCGAGAGCAAACAGCCGCUCCAAUAUGUUUUGCCCACUCAAAAUGGCAAAAAGGAAUUUUGCUCGGAAAUGUGCAUUUCAGAGUUUAGAAAAGCUUAUAGCAAAGGAGCUUGUGUCCAGUGUGACAAUGUUAUUAAAGAGACUGCUCCCAGUCGUGAAUUCUGCUCGAUGAUGUGCAUGAAUAAGAAUCAGAAGAAGAAUAGUAAUCGUGCUACUCAACAGCAGUCGCAAUCACAACAACAGCAACAAAAUCAAACACAAAAUAAUAAUAACAAUCGUGGAGAACAGGAACGCAAUCAUAAAAUGAGUCCAGGAUCGUGCACUCCGACUGGACCAUUCCAAUACGAGAGUUUUCAUGUUUUUGAUUGGGAUGCCUAUUUGCAGGAAUCUGGCAGUGAAGCAGCUCCAGCUGAAUGCUUCAAACAAGCUCCCAAUCCUCCAUCGAAUGACUUUAAAAUUGGCAUGAAAUUGGAAGCCCUAGAUCCGCGCAACGUAACCUCCACCUGCAUUGCAACCGUAGUUGGUGUCUUGGGUUCACGUUUGCGAUUGCGCUUGGACGGCAGUGAUAGUCAGAAUGAUUUCUGGCGUCUGGUCGAUUCAAAUGAAAUCCAUGCAAUUGGUCAUUGUGAGAAGAAUGGAGGAAUGUUGCAACCACCAUUGGGAUUUCGUAUGAAUGCCAGCAGCUGGCCUGGUUAUUUGUGUAAAAUUCUUAACAAUGCGCUAGUAGCCCCAGAGGAUAUAUUCCAACCAGAGCCAGAUGGACCAUCGCAGAAUCUCUUCCAAGUUGGUCAGAAACUUGAGGCCGUUGACAAGAAGAAUCCACAAUUGAUUUGUUGUGCAACAGUAAAUGCCAUCAAGGACGAUCAGAUCCAUGUGACGUUCGAUGGGUGGCGAGGAGCCUUUGACUACUGGUGUAGUUACAAGUCGAGAGAUAUUUUCCCAGCUGGCUGGUGUGCCAGGAGUUGUCAUCCAAUGCAACCGCCUGGUAAUAAAUGUCGCAUGGAUUCCAGCUCGAAUAAGCAUCGUAGUCCUCGGCAGAGGUACACUUUUAUACAAGAGUCUGAUGCAAUGGUACCGGCAUCGCCGGUAACAGCUCAUUUUAAAAUGAACUGCAAGGGUGGUCCGUUUGUGAAUAGUUCGAAGCUUCCAUCGAUGGUAACGGGGCCGACACACCAGACACUGGCCAAGCUCUGCCUGCAAGAAGUACUCGCAGCGAGUACAGAUACUUCACAGUUGUCCAAGCUACUCUUUGCCUUGGAUGGGGAUGUGCAUAUUGUGACAGCAGCUGGAAAGAAUUUUACAGUAAAAAUUCCAUCACAGCUGCGCAUGAAAGACGAUGAAAGUCUGGCGACAUUUAUUGAAACACUCUGUUCCACAUGCAGAGCAUGUCCGAAUUUGAUCUCGCUAGUUGCCGACACAGAAGAAUGUGAAAAAUGUUCACAGAGCCACAAAAGACGCCAUGCAUCUCAAUCCCCGCCACCUGUUGCUGAAAAACGAAAACACCAUUCAGAGAAACAUCACUCUGAGAAGCAUCAUUCAGAAAGUAAACAUCAUUCAGAUAAACAUCAUUCAGACAAACACCAUGCGGAUGGUGAAAAACAUCAACAUCGUCAUCACCAUCACUCCUCCAGCAGCAGCACUAACAACAACAACAAUAACAUCAAUAGCACCAGCAGCAGCAAUAAUUCAUCAUCUCGCAAAGAUUCAACCAAUUCCACCUCAUCGUCAGCGUCCUCCUCUGUAUCCUCGAAUGUUGCUAUGGUUACCAUAGCGCCUGUUGUGCCGACAAUCAAAAUUGAAAAUACAGCGACGUCACGAUCGGCAGAGCUUUUAUCACCAACCAAUGCUAAAUUUCAUUCGCCACUGGUGGCUGAAGUGCAUCCGGAACAGUCGAAUGCCUACAGCAAUAGCAAUAUCAAAAUACAGAAUUCAAAUCACAAUGCGACAGUCACAACAACAACAACAUCCAUGGCGACACCACAUGCGCCACAGGUUGGUGGCAGUGGUGGUGGCGGUGGUGCUGGCGGAGGGCAUAGCAAAAUGUCAAUGGCAUCACCAUCGGCGGCUUCAAUGGCUGCUGUUAGUUCGGCUGUAACGCCGACUUCAUCUUCGGCGUCAGCAUCGGCUGUGGCUUCCAUGAAUGCACUGACAUCGGCUGCAAUUGGUUCGUCGGCAGCUGCAACGACACCUGUCGCCACAACACCUCUACGGACACAUCCUGGCGAUUGGUCUAUUGAGGAGGUGAUUCAGUUUAUUGAGACAAAUGAUAUUACACUGGCGGUUCAUGGAGAUCUCUUUAGAAAACAUGAAAUCGAUGGUAAAGCACUUCUGCUUCUAACGUCUGAAAUGAUGAUGAAGUACAUGGGCCUCAAAUUAGGGCCAGCCUUAAAAAUUUGCAAUCUAGUAAAUAAAGUUAAUGGACGUCGUAACAACGUAUCCCUGUAAAUAAAUAAAAAUAAAAAAAAAAACAAAUUUAUUAAUUUAGAAUUAAGCCAUAGAUAAAAACAAAAUGAAUAGAAUCCACACAAAAAUACAUACAAAAAAAUAACAAAAAAAGAACUUUAAUGAAUAAAUUUAAAAUACAAAUUUAAUUUUAAUUUAACAUAAACAAAAAAACUA